CAAGGGGGUCGGCAGAGGGCCCUCCUGUGUUUGUCGUGACGGGGGAUGGGGGUCAGCUAAGGGGCGUGCCCCUCAGUGUCCCCAGCGACCCCACAGCGGGCAGUGAGCCCGCCGCAGCCCCCGCCUGCCAGCUCCAGCGCGGCCCAUUCUGGGCUGGUGCCCGGGAUGGCCCCUGGCCCAGGUGGGGGUCAGUCCAGCCCCCGCGGCUCCUAAUCCCUUGGGCAGGGGCCCGCGGCCAGCCUGUCACCCUCCCGCCAGGAGAGGCCGAGAAUGAGCGGUGGGUGUUGGACCCAACGGGUUUUUCAAGGUGUGGGAUUAACACCCUCAGAUUCAGCAGAGAUAAGGGUUUCUGGGGGAUGAAGGGGAUAAGGCUGGGGUGUCUGUGUCCCCACGGUGGGACAUGGGGAGCAGAGUGUGCUGGGGACAGGCCACCCCUACAUCCCCUCCGGCCACACCUCAGCCGCCAUGGGCCCCCCGCGGUCACUGGCCUGGCCUCUCCUUGCCUCCUGCUCACCCCCGCCCAGCGCAGUGACCCUCUCUGGCCCCUGUUCUGGACCCCUGUCAUGGUGGGCGAGAUGUUGGCCCCCAGGGUUGGUCGGCUCAGGGGCGAGGGAGAGCCUCUGGGUGUACUUCUGGGGGGUGGGGGGCUCCUCCAUAUCUCAGAGGGGCUCCAGGCCGCCCAGGGCAGGUGGGGGGGCCACCAGGCAGUCCCCUGGCCCAGAGGCCUGGCGGAACCAUAGCCCCCGUCCGCUGCCCACUCCCUCCACAGGAGGAAACGGGGAAGGGGCGGGUCUGCACGGUCCUGCAGGGAGCAACCCGAUCGGGAGGCUAUCGGAGUGGGCUCCGGCCCAGGGCAGGCAGCCAGCCGCCCCGGGGCAUCUCCGGGGCAUAAAGGCCGGGCCGGGGAGACCCCCCAGCACCUCUGUCCCUCUGUGCCACCACCGCCCGGCCCACGAUGCUGCAGGCACUGCUGACCAGCUCGCUCCUCGGCCUGCUCUGGGCAGCCCCGAGCCGUGCCCAGGUCCCCAUCCAGGCCAACUUCGAUGCCAGCCAGGUGUGCCCAGGCCAGCUGCCCCGGGCCUGGGUCUCCGGUUCCUGCUUACCAGUCGGCCUCUCCCUGCCGGCUCUCCCCGUCCCCGACCCCGAGGCCCCAAGCUGCAUUUCACAGAGGGUAGCUGGGGGGCAGGGGGAAGAGCCCCAGUUGACUGCUGCCUCUCGUGGAGGGGAGGCAGCAGGGCCCCGCAGCCCACCCACCACCACCCCCCAGGGCUGCAGGGUCAGGGGCUACGUCAGGGCAGGCGUGGUGGGCUCCGCUCUGGGAACGGGCCCGUCCCAGCCCCCCGUGCCCUCCCGCAGUUCCAGGGCUCCUGGUACGUGGUGGGGAUGGCCUCGGACGACCAGGGCUUCCUGGAGUCCAGGGACGGCAUGAAGAUGCCCGUGGUCCUGGUGACCGCCUUGGCCAACGGUGAUCUCUCCCUCAAACUCGGGUACCCCACGCCUGAUGGUGGAUGCCAGAAGGUGGACACGACCUUCACCAAGGGCGAGGAGGACGGGCAGUUCAGCAACGCAGCCAUGGCGCAGACCGACAUCCGCGUGUCGUACACGGACUACGUGCACUACGCCGUUGUGUACUUCGAGACGCAGAAGGCGGGCGUGCGCAACGUCUGGCUGCAGCUCUACACCCGCAGCCCGGACCUGUUUCCCGAAGGCGCCCAGAAGAUGCAGCAGUUGGCUCCCCAAGUGGGCCUGAACCCCAGCCAGGGUGCCCUGUUGGCCAAGACGGACCAGUGUGCCGAUGUCCUGUCCCAGUGAGGGACCCCCCGGCCCAGGAGAGCAGAAGCCCGCUGGGGGGCCGAGCCUUGCCCCGGGCUGCUCCGUGCGCCCACCCCUCUCCAAAGAGCGCCCCUUUCUCUCCACACCCCCAGUCCCCGAGCACAAUAAACUGUCUCCGCAA